AUGACGAGCCCUGCGAGCGCGGUGAAAGCGACUAAGAAUGGCGCCAGUUGCGUACCUGUAGUACCAGAGCCCGUACCAGCAGGAACUUGCACAACAGGGCAACCAGACGAGACAUACCGAGGCUCGAGCGGAUAUUGCAAGAUCCCUGGCGACAUCUGCGAGGGUGGAAUAGCGAAGGACGCACCAGUAGAGAAACAGUGCAUGGUGGCGCAGCAUGCAGACUUUAAGGAUUCACCAACCAUCCUUGUACGCGUAGCGGCCCGUACGAUCUGGCAAAGCGCAAACGAGGGGUAUACUGGACUCAGCGUUUUCCUGAGGAGCGGUUUCUCGGCUUUUACCAUCACAAGUACCCCGGCGACCGCGCGUACCUCGUCAACUGAGCACACGCUUCUACUACACCACGGACGCCGGACGGAACUGGUACCCGCAGGAGGCAUCCAACCCGCCGAACACGUUCCGCACGCCGGUUCUGCGCUUCAAUCCGACGUCGGACUACUUGAUCUGGCGUAUUCUCGAGACAACGGCCGUAGAUGGACGACGAUCGACGAGUGCGUGCAGCACUGUGCAUGGGCCCGAGAUGCGCGCCUUGCUGCGGAUCCCAACAAGAUCUGGUGCGAGAGCUUCCGAGACAAGAAGGGUAGCCAACGGAUGUUCGGUGGGGAGAACCCGCUUGAGCUGGUUGUUGGCAGCAACUACUACAUGAAGAUGUGCCGCAUGUUUGAGCAUGUCGCCAGCUUUGUCAAGUUCAGCGAAUACCUUGUCGUUGCUGCCAUGGGUCCCAAGUCGCGCUCGCUGCAGUUGCAAGUCUCGCUUGCCGGCGCAAACUUCGCCAAGGGUCGCUUUCCGCCCAGCCUGCACUCCGAGAUGCUUGUAAGUAGUCGUUCGUGA